GUACGUGUGCACUGUUGAGGGGUGAGAGGGGCCACCGCUCCGCUUGCUGUAUCCGUCGAGCCGUGUCUUCCAGGUUAUAUGACAAACUCGUAGCAUGCACAGGCGACUUCUGGUGUUUGGGGUGGCUGUCCUGUUUCUUGCGGCUACAACUUGUGCUGACCCCAAGUCUCAGUCUAGUUACAGCCAAGAACCUGAUGUGGAGACACUUGACAACUACAAUGAGGUGCAGUACCAGUAUAAAUAUGCUGUCGACGACCCCAUCUCUGGGGUCAUCAAUGACCGGUGGGAACACAGGCAUGGAGAGUACGUUAAGGGAGCCUACAGUGUGCUGGAACCUGACGGGAGAGUGCGCACUGUGGACUACGAAGUGGACGGCCCUAAAGGGUUUCAUGCCGUGAUACGCACACAGUUCCCCAGUAACAGAUUUCUAAGCUACAUCCAGCUCCAGAAGUCGCUGAAGCAGCACCCGGAUCCUCCUGUGAACAUUCUGACAAAUCAGCGUAUACCAACAGAGAGUUCAGAGUUCAACAACCAGAGGUCAGCUCGGUUGCUACAAAAAGACCUUCCAGUCAACUUCCAUUCUAUCAGCCCGAACUACUACCUGUCUCUGGUACCGGGUCAACGAACAAACUAUCGAUCAUCUCACAAGAGUUCAGUGACAGAUGAUUUCAUAACCUCUUCUCCAGAUCAACAAAAUAUUCAUGAACAUUAUUCGUCUCCCAGACCCGACGUGAACGUACAGAGGUAUCGAGGCUCUCCGAAGGACCCUGAGCAACCCAGCCAGUUCAUACUCCCGCCACCCCUAACACCCAGCGCGCACACCCAGUUCACAGAAGCCAUCACAGCAGCAGUCCCUUCCUCGCAUAUUACAAGGACUUAUUAUGGUGGUUAGCGCUCUCAUUUAAUUUAUAAGAAAAAUGUAUUGUCCCUACGGCAUUAUCCACAUUCAUGUUUCACAUUUAGUGUACAGUGCACUGGAUGAUAUUAUAAACUGACUGGUGAUCUUUAUAGAUAUGCAACAAGAGAGUUUUCAUUCACUUCGAUAAAA